UAUUCAAAAAACUGUCAAAAACUGCAAAAAAAUAUUUGUUAUUUUUAAGUAAUCAUUUGUUUUGUUUGUUUUUUUUGAGACCAAUUAAAGUGACAGCAAAUUGUGUCAAACAAAUUGCAAAGAGAGACAAACAAAUAUUCAAAAACAACAACAAUUAAACAAAAAAGACAAUGCAUUUCUGUCUUAUCAAACAAUUACUAGUCCUAUGUCUGGUCGGCGCUACUGUUGUUGUUGUCCAGUGUUUGCCGGCUUCGCAAUCAACGUCAUUGUUGUCAUCAUUAUCAUCAGUGGUGACCACCACUACCACCAUCACCAACAACACAAGUGGACAUCAACCCCAGCAUAGACUGGUUCGACGACAAGAUGCCGACACUCAAUGCAACCAAACAAAUUUGGAUGUAGAGGCGUGUAUUGCGAAUAAAUGGGGGCAAUCCUCUAAACCCUCGGGGGCACCAACCCUUUAUACCGACAGCCCUCCAGUACCACCAGUACCGACUAACAAAUUGUGUUGUCUAUCGCUACAGUAUUUCUGUUCAUUUAACAAAAUGUUGGAUGACAAAGUGUGUACACAUGAAAAACUAGAUCCACUGAUACAGAAAGACAAGGAAAUGAUAGACAAUUGCCGACAAAAAGGUAUCCAACCGACCGAUCAAAUGUGUAAACCAUUGGAGAUCACACCCACUGCCGGUGUAUCGGAAGUGUGUAACAAGUAUUUGUGUUACGACAGCCCGAGUUCUGGUGGCGGUAAUAACGAAGCUCCAGCACAACCGUCCAGCAAUUCAACGGUUAGUUCAACGGCUGCUACCAGUCCUCAGAGUCUGACUAUCACAAGACUGGCCACUGUAGGCAUUGCUAUGAUGUCGACGAUUGUUACUAUUGCAAUGUUUUAAUAUUUCGUUUUAUUGUUUUAUUUUAGUUAGUUUUGUAAUUGCAAUCAAACAAAUUCAUUAGUAAUAAUAGUCCCAAAAUUUAU